AUGGUGAUUAGAGCCCCUAAUAGCAUAGCGUGGCCCUGUAAAAAGUUAAUACCAUGUAAAAGUAAAACAAGAAGCACAAAAGUGGUUUGUAAGAGCGUAAUGAAGAGAAGAAAUGGGAGAAAGAUCAGAAGUGUAGAAGCAUUUGUAGAAAUAGACCUAACGAGUCAAGGGAAAAACGGAUCAACACUGAACUCAAAACAAACAAAUAGUCCUAAAAACAUAGGAACAAUGGAAGAAUAUCUUAGAAAUAGUAAUUUGAAGAUGAACGAUAGUGAAAAAACGGACCGAAAGGAGUCACUGGUACCCUCAAACAUUAAGUCAAAAAAGGAAGACGAUGACGUUGAAACAGAUGAUAAAACUAUAGAAUGGUAUUUAAUACCUUUAUUUAUUCCCUUUUCACACAUGUGGUGUCAAUACAUGUAG